AUGGCCGAUAACAAAGAUCUCGAAGAAAUUGCGAAGAACUCUACCGAUGACUUCUACGAGCUCCUCGGUGUGGAUGUCCUUGCCGUUGAAUCAGAAAUAAAACGCCAAUACCGCAAAACCUCCGUGAAAUACCAUCCCGACAAGAACCCAGACAACAAGGAUGCAGCGGACCAGUUCAUUCUCCUCGGUAUCGCUCGUGAUAUCCUCAUCGAUCCCACCCUCAAAGGCGAAUAUGACAGACAACGGCAGCGACGAAAAGAGAGAGAGCUCGAGAAAGAGCGUCUGGGCGGUCAGCGGCGAAAGAUGGUGGAGGAGUUAGAGAAGGCAGAGCGCGAGGGUGUACAAAACCUCAAGCGGCGACGUGAGGAGGCCACAGAGCUCGAACAGAAGAUAGCACGGCUCGCAGAGGAGGGACGGAAACAGAGGGAGGAAUACCAGGCCCGCCUACAGAAGCAGCGACAAGAUGAGGAGCUCAAGGCACAGGUAGACCGCUCAGUCAAGGUGCGGUUUCGACGAGAGGGCGAGGCUGCGACUUGGGAUAAAGACAUCAUGACGAGCAUAUUUGAGCGGUAUGGACAGAUCGAUACCGUGGUCAUGGGCAACGACAAGAAAGUCAAGGUUCCUGGAGAGAAACACAGGAGGCUAGAGGCUGUUGUGACUGUUGUCUACGACCGUCUCGACAGCGCACAUGCUGCGAUUCUUGGUGGCAAGAGAGAUUACCCUUUUCUAGAGUCUGUCGCAUGGGCUAGCAAGGAGUCAGAGGCGAAGUCAGACCUGAAGGGCAAGUUCUCCGCACCUUCCACGCCGCUAGGAACUCCACAGCCUAGCAAGAUAUUCAAGGCUUCAUUCGGUAUCGGAAAAGGCCUAGGAGCUGCCCCUGGAAGACCCCAAUUCGCGAACCUCGCCGAACUAGAAGCAUAUACAUUGAAAAGGUGCAAGGAGGUAGAUGAAAGAAGGCGGAUGCAGAGAGAACAAGCAGCUUGA